AUGCCGAAGACGGGUUCACAUGGACCCCACCUGAUCUAUGGUGGGCCCGCGGUUGGCUCGCUGGGAAGAACCAUGCAAGGCGUCCCCACCAUCACAACGGGAGGCUGGAGGUUGACUUUCAGCUGGGGCUCGGUUUUGGCCGAUCUUUCGAUCUUCACCUCCAGCUCUCGCUCUCGCUCUUUCUCCGAUGGCAAAGAAGCUCGUGCAGCAUCGCCUAGAGGAGGAGCCGUGAACGUGUGCCUGGACGAGCAAAACCAGAGAGUCAUGCUGCGUGGGAAAGCUGUAACUGUGGACGCAUUCACCGACACGGCCUAAGGGAACCCGGCGGCGGUGUGUAUCUUGGAAGAAGAGAGGGACGAAGAGUGGCUGCAGGCGGUAGCCAGGGAGUUCAACUUCUCGCAGACCUGUUACCUGACCGGUGCCUCGAGCUCCAGAACUCGCCGGCUCGGCCAACGGGGAUCGAGCCUGAGGUUUCAGCUCAGGUGGUUCACUCCAGUUAAGGAGGUUGACCUCUGCGGUCAUGCGACGCUAGCUGCUGCGCACACUCUCUUCACAUCUGGGAUGGUAGAUUCUGACACCAUCGAGUUUAUGACAUUAUCCGGAAUUCUGACUGCCAAAAGGGUUCCCGAAACGAAGUCAUCCCAUUUUGAAGAUAAAGAUGGUGAUGUGCCCGGGAUAUGGAUUGAAUUGGAUUUUCCUGUAGUCCCGAUCGCUGAAGAUGAUGCCGAGCGGAUUUCAUGUGUCUCCAAAGUUCUCAAUGGCACUUCCAUUGUUGAAAUCAAGAAGACAGCAAAGGACGACUAUUUCAUUGUUAUCCCAUCAUGGAAAGAAGUUGAAGAAUUUCAGCCCCAGUUUGAUGAGAUAAAGAGAUGUCCUGAGGGUAUUAUCAUCACUGGAUCAGCUCAGCCAGACUUGGGAUUCGAUUUUGUCAGUCGAUUCUUUGCCCCAAAAGUUGGACUCAAUGAGGAUCCUGUAUGUGGCAGUUCACAUUGUGCUUUGGCACCUUAUUGGAGUGAAAAGCUGGGGAAAAAGAUCUCGUUGCCUAUCUUUGUUCUUAAUUUGCUUGCAAUGGAUAGUGAACUGAAUAAGUGUUGA